AAUUUUAAAGAUCAACUUUAAUAAUUCCUUAAAACUACUAAAUUAUUAAAUAGUUUGUUUUACAACUGUUUUUGUAUCAACACUAAAUGUUUGGGCUGUCAGGUCCAAGAUUAGUCCAUGGAUUAGUUUCCUUAAAAUUGAACAAAGACAGAAUAAAAACCAAAUGCUAGGAUGCCAAUGUUAGCCCGCCAGUUAUAUAUAUUGUAGGGGAAAACCUUUUACAUUAAAGUGCUCUUUGUUUGCAUCUUGAUUUAAGCACAGAGCUUUGUAAACAAACCUUUCAGUAUACCAUUUUUUUUUUCUUAUGAAAGAGGAGCUCGCAAUAAAUAAAUAAAUAAGAAAGUAAGUGGGGAAGCAAUGAGUUUACAAUGAAGUCUUAAGUUCAUUACCAGGUUUGUGUUGAGGAUCUGUUAUGCUCAGAAUCUCUUGCAUGUGUCUAUCAAAAUAAGUUUACGGUGCCAUGAGAAUGAAAAAGUUAUUGAAGUUUAGAGAGACCAUGAGAUUGUUACAAUUUUUUGGACUGUUAUCUUGAGAACUUAUUUGUCUUGUGAUCUCAAGAUAAAAAAAAAAGUUAUUUUCUUGAGAUGACAUUUCUCUUGUGCUCUCAAGAUAACAGAAGUUGUUUUCUUGAGAUUACAACUUAUUUUUCUUGUGAUCUCAAGAUAACAAAAGUUGUUUUCUCAAGAUAACGAUAAUCUUGAGGUCAUGUGAAAAAUAUAUUGUUUGUUGUUUUUUAUGAUGAACUUGAGAUCGCAAAAGAAAUAGACUGUGAUAUUGAGAAAUCAACUUUUGUUAUCUUGGGAUCAUAAGACAAUUAAGUUGUGAUCUCAAGAUAAUAGUCCAGAAAUGUAUGCCUAGCUCAUAACCUCUCUAGACAUCCUUAAAAAGUCAUCUUAUCAUCGAGUGUAUCUUACCUGCUAUUUUCUGUCGUACAGACAGGCAGUGUGCUUUGCUGCCUCAAACUGAUUUUAAGUAGAUUUUACAUCGCCCAGAUCUUGAAAAUGACACCAGCAGCAGAAGCUGGGAGUUGAGGUUGAAUCAGCUUGUGUUCUCAGGCAGUGCGACUAACACCUAGUCCAGUGUAAUUUUUCAUCUUCUGUUCUCCACCUCAGCAGCCCUUGGAAAGUGCAGAAGUAUUCAUUCCUGAAAUGGUUGAAAGCCAUUUAGAAGAUGAGAACAGUGAGACGUACAGGUGCCACAUCCAUUUGAUUCAUUGUGUUACUUAGAAAAAAGCACCACAACCAUGAUUCAGAUCUUGCAUCUUGCAUGUUUUCAUCCUUCAGAAGCGUCUUGCUUCUGUCUUCUGCUCUGCAGGUUUCGGUGCCUUUAUGCUGGUCAGUUUCAGUGCAAAUUGACCAACCUUGUUUUUGACAUGGAGGGGGAAGGGGAGGUUCUGUACAAAAUAGUCUCCUGGGAUACUCGUCUGUUGGAUGGUUUAGGCCAGAUGCAGCCUGCAGGACCCCUGUACGAUAUUGACUGCACUCAAGGUUCAGUUAGUUAUCUGCACCUCCCACACUGCGAGAUACUUCAUGAGAAAAAUCCAGUUGAGCAGUCUGUGGCACAUUUCGCUGGUGACAAUAUAGAGAUCAUGCCACCAGUAAGAGUGACAGACACGCAUGUGGUCAUUAGCAUCCAAAGCCUCUCUCUUUUUGGCCUUCUAAAAAGCAUGAUAUUUGAUGCCAGUCCCAUUAGUGCCCAAGUGCUACUGUUCCACAAAGAAAUGCCUGGCAGGAAAAAACUGCACAUCCACUUGUUGCCAGUAAACGUACCAGUUGAAGAGGUAGGAAAAAGGCACAAAGGCAGCAUAUAUUUUGAGACAAGCUCCACAUGCCAACUGACCCCUGGUAGAUACUACAAACUGUCCUGUGACCCUUAUGUAUCUCAGCCAAAGGCUGGCAGAUUUGACUAUGACUAUGGGCCCAACUAUCAUCCCACAUUUGUGGUGUUCCUUCAUGCUGACUAUCUUACUGUAAGUCUUAUGGAUGAAGAUGGCACUGAGGUUUGGGAGCCACAUGACAUCUUUCUUACCGGUAAAAAAUCUGGUAAAACAAGUUGCAGCACAGAGGCAGCCCUGCUCAGAGUGGACACAGGGGCUGAGUUUAUAGAUAAACAAAGAGAAAAGCUCAUUCGGAGAGUUUCCUCAGUAAUGGAGAUUGCAGACUGCCUAAAAAGCAAAAAUAUGAUUAGUGAUGAAGACUACAGUAAUGUACAAGCUAGAGAAACUUCCCAGGAGAAAAUGAGAAUCAUAUACACAGUUAUCCAGUCAGGAGGAAGAGCUGUGAAAGCAGAAUUCUAUGAACUUCUUAAAGAGAAGCAGCCUUUCUUAGUGGAUGACUUGGAAUCUGGAUCUAGUAAGAUGUAACAGAUCUUUGAAGAAAACGUCAACCAUCUGAAGGUGUCAACUGUCAGAGAAGUCAGUUGUGGAGGCAGUCUCACCACUGUCACAAGCUCAUUUGAGAUGGUGUUAAGAUUUACAUAAUAUGAUGCCACCAGCACUUGAAUGUUUUUUAGACUGAGGACAAACUAAUCCAGGAACAAACUGUAUUUUUGCCCUUUCUGUGUUUGUAAGACAUGAAGUUAUUAUGAAUUAUGAAUGUGAUGAUCCAAUUCACAGUGGUUUCAUUUACAGUACAACAAUGAUUGAUAACCACAUAUCUCAGAAAUGUUUCUGCAUCAGUGGUUAUGUUUCAUGUUUUAUUAUUCAUAUGAUACUGAGUGUUAUUACUGUAGAUUAACUGGAAAGCCUUUUGUUCUUUUUUAAAAACUUUGGCCAUUUAUUUGUCUUUUAUUUGCUAAAAGACUCCAUACUGGCUCAUAAACAACAGCAGCAUCAGAGUCCAAGCAUUGUUUGUUUGGUUAAUUUGUUUUUUGAACCAUUAAGUAAAAAGAAACAUGUAUAUCAUGUGUAAUGUAAUGUCAGAAUAAGAACCGAGCACAUUUUCUGUCGAAGAAACCUACAUUUAAGCAAA